AUGUUCGAUUCGGAGGCCAUCAUCGUCGACCCUUCACGCACGCAGCCGGAGGAGCAGGGGAAGGAUUACGUGGAUAUAUCCUUUGCAUCUCGCGAAGUGGAGCUCCUUCUGAGCGCGGAUGACCCUGACAGCUGGGAGAUCACUCCGUCCAUCUCUGCUCUCUACGAGCUGGCUGAAGAUCACCGCUGGAAGGCAGCUGUUGGUGCCAGUGCCAGGGAUUCCUCUCAUGACAUGGAUGGGAAUGCUGUUAGAAGCGGAGACGGAUUUAAGGCGUUUGAUGUGGGAGAUGAGCCAGUGGGUGGGGUGGGGGGAGGUUUUCCGUUCGGAGAUGAUAACGACGAUGGGUCUGUGGUGGAUUUUGGUGGUGGAGAUGAUGGGUGGAAUGAUGAUGGGUGUGGGUUCGCUGGCCCGCCGUUUGCUGGUGGUGGUGCUCCUGGGAUGAUCCCAGCUGGGGAUUCUGAUGGGGAGAACGGAUAUUCGGAUGUUGAUGAUGGAAUGGACGCUGCGGAUUGGCUGGCAGCUGGCAUGGGCAUGACGAGGCUCAAGGGGAGCAACGCGUGGGCUGGCCCUAAGCACUGGCACUUUGUUAAGUCCAAGGAGGAGGUACCUGCAGCAGCUCCAGAGGCGAAGGGGAGGAAGAAAAGGGCAGCAAAGUCGGAGCUUAUUGACUUCUCGGACCCUCAAAUCGACGAGUCCUUGUUUCAGGCCCCUAAAGCGCUGAAGGAAAUUCAGCUGACGAAGGCUGGUCGCAAGGUGGUCAAUACCUUGCUUCCGAAGGACUACCAUUAUGAUGGACGCAAGUUGGCUACGGUUUUUAUAAGCUCGGAUUGGAGCUUCUUGGCUCGGAAGGCCGGGGGGCGUGGUGGGGCGAAGCAUGGGUUUGCGGAUGGAGGAGGCAGAGAUGGGUUUGCAGCGGUUGACGGUGGUGAAGAUGGGUUUGAGAAUGACUGGGGAGGGGACGAGUGUGCUGAUCCGUUUGACUAUGGGGACGAUUUUGAUGGGCAAGGGGAUUCUGCAGAGGUCAAACCAGCAGAUGAUUUCAUGGAGGAUCUGGUUCCAAUGCCAAAGAAGGUGAGACUCCCUUCAGCACUGUCCUGCUCCUUUCUGCUGCCCAUGGUGGCGUUCCUAGCUCCCCACCCGCUCCUCUUCUCCACCCACGGGUCUUUUCUCCCUUCUCUUCACCUCUCCCCACGGGUCUUUUCUCCCUCCGCUUCACCUCUCCCCACGGAUCCUCCUUCACAGUCUUUUUUUCUUCUUUUUUUUUGUCAUUCAUUCAAAACUAAUCGCCUUACAUUCCUACUCCGACCCCCUUCCCCUCCUCCCCUCCUUCCCUGUCCCUCUUCCCCCCUCCCCCCACUUCCCCCCUUCCCCCCUCCCUUCCUCUCUUUCUCCGCCACAGCUGCAGCCAGAGCUCCCCCGGACCUCCCCGCGCGCUCCUCCCCCUGGGGCAUCUUCUCCCUCUUCUCCUCCCCCGCAUCUCCGCCAACGCCCCUAUCCGGGCAAGGGCCCAGGUCCGCGGGAGCUCCCCCCGGGUCAGCAGCUGGGGGAGCUCCCCGCCCCCCCCUGCUGUACCGCAUGCGAGGAGCGUUCAGUUUCCUGCUCGCCCUCAACCUCGGGCAUUUGGUUUGCCUGCUCGCGCUCAACCUCGUGCUGGGAGGUACGUUCUGGGCCUUCCUUUCCCCCUCCUUCCCCGUUCCCUUCCCCCCGUCCGUCCCCCCCUGCUGUACUGCCAUGCGCGGGGCGUUUGGGUUCCUGCUCGCCCUCAACCUCGUGCUGGGAGUUUCCUUCUCGCCCUCAACCUCGUGCUGGGAGGUUGAGGGCGCAUCCCCCCAGUGCCGCAUGCAAGGGGGAGGCACGUCCUUAAGUCUCCUUCCCUUUCUCUCCCUCCCUCCUUUUCCCUCUUCCUGCCCUUUCCCCAAGCCUUGCUGGAAGAUGCAAGAUUCCUUCCCUCUUUAUCUCCCCUCUUUCUCUCCCACUAUCCCUGCCCUUCCCCACUACCUACCCACUAGACUACAUGCUGUUCUGAGGAAAGGCCCUGCUGCCAAAUUCUCUUUCCUACCCUCUCAUCCCCUCUCCCUCGCUCCCCCUUCCUUGCCCUUCCCCCACCAGGCUACAUGCUGUUUAGAGGAAAAGCUCUUCUGA